UUGGGUCAAGGCCCAUGGGCCCGUGAUAGAAUUUUAACCAAUUUCAAAAUAAAGAAGAAAAAAAAGCGCGAAUCUGUCGCUAAACCCUAGAUACCCUUAUCUCAUGCGCAGAUCACGUGACAUAAUCCCCGAAAGGAAAAACUGUGAGUAGAGAGCGCCGCAAACAAAGAAAGCACAAGAGAAAAACGAUUCUUCUAAUCUCGAUCGUUGGCAGGCUCUCCACGUCACCGAUCCGGUUAGAUCCCCAAAUUCAACGGUCCAGAUCAAUCCUGCUGCAGAAGCUACUCUCUUGCAGAACGAAGAAGAAGAAGAAGAAGAAGAAGAAGAAGAAGAAGAAGCUCCUCUUUUCUACUCUUCUUUCUCUCUCCAGCAAAAUAAUUAUUCUCAAACUUUUUUCUUCUUUUUUUUUUUGUAAUUUUUGAAUUUAGUGAUUUCAAUAAUUUUCUUAGAGAAUUAUUAGUUUUUGAAGAUGACGGUGGAGGAUGAAAUUAGGGCGGCUGAGGGAGUUGACGGCGAGGAGGAAUUUGAGGAGGUGGUUGAUGACGUUGAAGAGGAGGAAGUCGACGGCGAAGAUGACGACGACGACGACGAGGAUGAGGAUGACGAGGAAGAGGACGAUGACGAUGAUGACGUCAGGGAGGUGCUUCAUGGCUCGAGCGGAGCGCCGCCGGUUCAGUCGGUAGACGACGACGACGACGAGGAAGACGGUGACGACGAUGAUGAGGACGGUGACGGUGAUGACGACGACGACGACGACGAUGAUGACGAUGAUGAAGAGGAGGAUGAUGAUGAGGAAGAGGCUGAAGGAGAUGAGGAGGAUUUGGGAACUGAAUACUUGGUCAGGCCAUUGGGUCGUGCUGAAGACGAGGAAGAUGCUAGUGACUUUGAACCAGAAGAAAAUGGCAACACUGAUGAGGUUGAUGAAGAGGACGAGGACGAGGACGAUGAUGACGACGAUGGUGGUUCUGCUGGCCCAAAGGAUGAAGCUCCAGUGAAGCGAAAGAGGGGCGAAGAGGACAAUUCAGGCGAUGAUGGGGAGGACGAUGAGAGACCAUCCAAGCGGUAGUCCAAAAUCCAUCCCAUCCAAGGGUGAUUGUAGCAGACCUUGAAAGUUUCUGCUCUUCAAAAAAAGUCAUGAUCUUCCUUGGUGUAUUAUUAUUAUGUUAUUACGGUUAGGUUGGGAUUUGUCCAGGGAAAUGCACAGUUGUGUAUGGGGUUUUUCCUGUUGACAUCAACUUUGGUCUGUUUUUACAGAUGGUUUCGAGGUUAGUGGAAAGUGUCCUAGGUUAACAUCUUUGCGACGAUUUUAGCUUUCAGUGAGGAUCUAAUUUCUGUUGGAUGUUUACAUAGUAGUUCAGCAAAUUUUACUUCAGCUUCAUUACAAAUGAAGAAUCAGGUCGACUUUUUUUUUUAUCCUAAUUCAAAAUUAAGACGAGAUUGUUGUCGGUG